UGUGGCGGGGCAACCUCCGAAGUCGAUACAAAUUUGGUGUCACGGCCAACUUACUCGCCACCCCCUUCGCUCUGCUUUUUUGUCUCUUUGUCCAUGCAGAAGAAGUGCUGGAGAGGCUGGAUCAUGACGGUUUAUGAGUGGUGAAGAUUGAUCUCGCUCUCUCUUCUGCUGGCAUCACCAAGCCGACCCGGAGCUCCACGCUCGCUCGUCACACCCCUUCCACGACCCCCGCCUCGCGCACUCGCAUCUCUCACGCGACGUGCAAUUGCUAAUUUGUGGCUGCAAACGAGAGCCACGCAGUUCUCAGCCGCAUUCUCCCUCCAUCUUUGCCGGCCCUCUUCUUCCUAAUUUCGUUCAAUUCCGGCCGCAAUGACUGUUGCGGCGGCUGCGCUCUACCGGCCGGCCACGGCGCGCGUCGCCCACGCCGAGUCCCAGGGGCUGGUCACCCUUGAGCUCGAGGACGGCUCGGCCUACCAGGGUUACAGCUUCGGCGCGCCCAAGAGCAUCGCUGGCGAGCUAGUCUUCCAGACCGGCAUGGUGGGGUACCCGGAGGCCAUCACCGACCCCUCAUAUCGCGGCCAGAUCCUCGUCAUCACCUUCCCGCUCGUCGGCAACUACGGCGUCCCGCCAAGGGACGCGCUCGAUGAGCUCCUCGGCGACCUGCCCGCCCACUUCGAGUCGUCGCAAAUCCACAUCGCCGGCCUCGUGACGGCCACCUACGCGGGCGAGGACUACUCACACUUCCUCGCCACUUCGUCCCUCGGAACAUGGCUGAAGGAGCAGGGCAUCCCAGCCAUGUAUGGCGUCGACACCCGCGCACUGACGAAGCGCAUCAGCGAGAAAGGCAGCAUGCUUGGCCGCAUGCUACUGGAGAAACAGGACCUGGUCGACGGUGUCAAUGGCGACGCUGAGGGUUUGGCGCUGCCUGGCAAGAUGGGCGACUGGAGGCCAUUCUUCGAGUCGAUCGACUGGGUCAACCCCAACGAGAAGAACCUUGUAGCAGAGGUUUCCAUCAAGGCGCCGAAGCUGUACCGGCCGCCCCAGGCCUCCGCCCUGAAGCACCCAUCGGGACGCCCGCUCCGCAUUCUAUGUCUCGACGUUGGUAUGAAAUACAACCAGCUGAGGUGCUUCCUCAAGCGCGGCGUCGAAGUCCUGGUCUGCCCCUGGGACUACGACUUCCGCGCCGAGACCUACGACGGCUUGUUCAUCUCCAACGGGCCCGGCGACCCGGCCAUCGUGGAGACGACGGUCAACCGUGUCGCCGCAGCCCUGUCGGAGAACCGGACGCCGAUCUUCGGCAUCUGCCUAGGCCACCAGCUGCUCGCUCGCGCCGCGGGAGCCCAGACCAUCAAGCUCAAAUUCGGUAACCGUGGCCACAACAUCCCGUGCACCAGCAUGGUGACGGGCAAGUGUCACAUCACUUCUCAGAACCACGGCUACGCCGUCGACGCCGCCACCCUGCCCACCGGGUGGCAGGAGCUGUUCGUCAACGCCAACGACGGCAGCAACGAGGGUAUCAUGCACGUCGAUCGGCCGCACUUCAGCGUCCAGUUCCACCCGGAGAGCACCCCCGGCCCGCGAGACACCGAGUUCCUCUUUGACGUCUUCAUCCAGACCGUCUUGGGGUGCGCUGCUGACAGCACCCUGCUGCAGAAAGCCGUCCAGUUCCCCGGCGGCACCGUCGAGGAGAACAACCGGCUGCACCCCCGCGUUUCCGUCAAGAAGGUCCUCGUUCUCGGCAGCGGUGGUCUCAGCAUUGGCCAGGCCGGCGAGUUCGACUACUCCGGCAGUCAGGCGAUCAAGGCGCUGAAGGAAGAGGGCAUCUACACCGUCCUCAUCAACCCCAACAUCGCCACCAUCCAGACCUCCAAGGGCCUCGCCGACAAGGUUUACUUCCUCCCCGUCAACGCCGAGUUCGUGCGCAAAGUCAUCGUCUACGAAAAGCCGGAUGCCAUCUACUGCACCUUUGGCGGCCAGACCGCCCUGCAGGUGGGCAUCCAGCUCAGGGACGAAUUUGAGAAACUCGGUGUCAAGGUCCUCGGCACGCCGAUCGACACCAUCAUCACCACCGAGGACCGCGAGCUCUUCGCUCGCAGCAUGGACUCGAUAGGCGAAAAGUGCGCUAAGUCGGCCUCGGCCUGCAACGUUGACGAGGCCCUGCGGGUCGUGAAGGACAUCGGCUUCCCCGUCAUCGUUCGUGCCGCGUAUGCCCUUGGUGGUCUCGGCAGCGGCUUCGCCAACAACGAAGCCGAGCUGCUAGAUCUGUGCAACAAGGCCUUUGCCGCCAGCCCCCAGGUUCUGAUCGAGCGCAGCAUGAAGGGCUGGAAAGAGAUCGAGUACGAGGUGGUCAGGGAUUGCCAGGACAACUGCAUCACCGUGUGCAACAUGGAGAAUUUCGAUCCCCUCGGCAUCCACACUGGCGAUUCGAUCGUCGUCGCCCCCUCCCAGACGCUCUCGGACGAGGACUACAACAUGCUCCGUACCACGGCCGUCAACGUCAUCCGCCACUUGGGCGUCGUCGGCGAGUGCAACAUCCAGUACGCCCUGAACCCCUUCUCGAAGGAGUACUGCAUCAUCGAGGUCAACGCCAGACUGUCCCGGUCCUCCGCCUUGGCCUCCAAGGCCACCGGCUACCCUCUCGCAUUCAUCGCUGCCAAGCUCGGUCUCGGAAUUCCCCUGAAGGAGAUCAAGAACUCCGUCACCAAGGUGACGUGCGCCUGCUUCGAGCCCUCGCUCGACUACGUCGUCGUCAAGAUGCCCCGCUGGGACCUGAAGAAGUUCACCCGCGUCUCCACCCAGCUUGGGUCUUCCAUGAAGAGCGUCGGCGAGGUUAUGAGCAUUGGCAGGACCUUCGAGGAGGCGAUUCAGAAGGCCAUCCGGGCCAUCGACUACCGCAACCUCGGCUUCAACGAGACACCGGCUCUAAUGUCAAUCGACGACGAGCUCCAGACCCCGUCGGACCAGCGCCUUUUUGCCAUUGCCAACGCCAUGGCCGCUGGCUAUUCGGUCGAGCGGAUCUGGGAUCUGACCAAAAUCGACAAGUGGUUCCUCGACCGGUUGAAGGGCCUGAACGAUUUCGCCGAGAAGAUGAAGGAGCUCAAGGCCGCCGGCGGCGCCCUGCGGCCUGGCAUGCUCCUCCACGCCAAGCAGCUCGGGUUCUGCGACCGCCAGAUCGCCAAGUUCUGGGGCUCUACCGAGCUCGCCGUGCGCGGCAUGCGUCUCGAAGCCGGCAUCACCCCCUUCGUGAAGCAGGUCGACACCGUCGCCGCCGAGUUCCCCGCUUACACCAACUACCUGUACCUCACCUACAACGCCAGUGAGCACGACGUCUCCUUCGACGACCACGGCGUCAUGGUGCUCGGCUCCGGCGUGUACCGCAUCGGCUCCUCCGUCGAGUUCGACUGGUGCUCCGUCCGGGCGAUCCGCACGCUUCGCGAGACCGGCCACAAGACCAUCAUGGUGAAUGUAAACCCCGAGACCGUGAGCACCGAUUACGACGAAGCCGACAAGCUCUACUUCGACAACCUCGACCUCGAGACGGUGCUGGACAUCUACGAGGCUGAGUCUUCUAGCGGAGUCCUGGGAGCCAUGGGCGGACAGACGCCCAACAACAUCGCUCUUCCGCUGCUGCGUGCUGGCGUUCGCGUUCUGGGCACUUCGCCCGAGAUGAUCGACACGGCCGAGAACCGGUACAAGUUCUCGCGCAUGUUGGAUCGGAUUGGCGUUGACCAGCCGACCUGGAAGGAGCUAACGAGCUUCGAGGACGCCAGGGCCUUCUGCCAGAAGGUCUCGUAUCCCGUGCUGGUGCGGCCGUCGUACGUGCUGUCGGGUGCCGCCAUGAACACGGUCUACUCGGAGGGCGACCUGCAGAGUUACCUGCAACAAGCCGCCGACGUGUCUCCCGAGCAUCCCGUCGUCAUUACCAAGUACAUCGAGAAUGCCAAGGAGAUUGAGAUGGACGCCGUGGCCAAGGACGGCAAGGUCGUGUGCCACUUCAUUUCGGAGCACGUCGAGAACGCCGGUGUCCACUCGGGUGAUGCCACGCUCAUCUUGCCACCGCAGGACUUGGAGCAGACGACCAUCCAGCGCAUCGAGGACGCGACCCGCAAGAUCGGCGACGCGCUUAACGUCACCGGUCCCUUCAACAUCCAGUUCAUCGCCAAGGACAACGACAUCAAGGUGAUCGAGUGCAAUGUGCGCGCCUCGCGAUCCUUCCCGUUCGUUUCCAAGGUCAUGGGUGUGGACCUGAUCGAGAUGGCUACCAAGGCGAUCAUGAACAUUCCUUUCGAGGAAUAUCCGAAGAUCGACCGCCCUACCAACGCCGUCGGCGUCAAAGUGCCCCAGUUCAGCUUCGCGCGUCUGUCUGGCGCCGACCCCGUACUCGGCGUCGAGAUGGCGUCGACGGGCGAGGUCGCUUCGUUCGGCGCCGACAAGUACGAGGCGUACCUCAAGGCUCUGCUGUCGACGGGCUUCAAGAUUCCCAAGAACAACAUCCUGCUCUCCAUCGGCUCCUACAAGGACAAGGAGGAGAUGCUGCCCUCGGUCAAGAAGCUGCAGGAGAUGGGCUACAAGCUCUUCGCGACGGCCGGAACCGCCGACUUCCUCGGCAGCCACGGCGUGCAGGUGCAGUACCUCGAGGUGCUCGGCAAGGAAGAGGAUGACCAGAAGUCCGAGUACUCGCUCACGCAGCACCUGGCCAAUAACAUGAUCGACCUGUAUAUCAACCUGCCCUCCAACAACAAGUACAGGCGCCCGGCCAACUACGUGAGCAAGGGUUACCGGACUCGCCGCAUGGCCGUCGAUUACCAGAUCCCUCUCGUCACCAACGUCAAGAACGCCAAGAUUCUGGUGGAAGCCCUUGCCAGGCACUUCGAGCUCGACGUCGGCUUGCGCGAUUACCAGACGAGCCACCGCGCGAUCCAGCUGCCAGGCUUGGUCAAUAUUGCCGCGUUCGUGCCCGGUCUCGUCUCCAGAGAUAGCGACGAUCUCGAGCGCGUGACCAAGGCUUCAGCCGCUAGCGGCUUCAGCAUGAUCCGCGUCAUGCCGGUUGCCAAGGACGGCUCCAUCUCGGAUGUGAAGUCGCUCAAGAUCGCCCAGCAGAACGGCAAGCGAGGCGCGUAUUGCGACUUCAACCUAUCCAUCACGGCCACCUCGGACAACGCCCACCAGAUCAGCCAUGCCGCCGGCGAGGUCGGAUCGCUGUUCAUCCCGUUCAAUCACCUCUCGGACAACAUCAGCAAGGUCGCUGCCGUGCAGGCGCACUUCGAGGCUUGGCCAACGCACAAGCCCAUCAUUACGGACGCGAGGACCACGGACCUGGCCUCGAUCCUCCUGCUUGCCAGCCUGCACAACCGCCGGAUCCACGUCACGGCGGUGACGAUCAAGGAGGACAUCAAACUCAUCGCACUGGGCAAGCAGAAGGGGAUGAAGGUUACCUGCGAUGUCUGCAUCUACUCGCUGUACCUGUCGCAGAAGGACUACCCCGGCUGCCAGUUCCUACCGACGGCCGAGGACCAGGCCGCCCUGUGGGAGCACCUGGAGACGAUCGAUGUCUUCUCCAUCGGCAGCCUGCCCUACCAGCUCGCCCACUUCCUGAAGCAGCCGACCGGUGUGGCCGUUGGCAUUGCCGAUGCCCUGCCGCUCCUCCUCACUUCGGUCGCCGACGGCAAGCUGACGAUUGAGGAUGUCAAGACCCGUCUGCACGACAACCCGAGGGAGAUCUUCGAGCUGCAUGACCAGGUCGGUGCGUACCUCGAGGCGGAGAUUGACCGCCCAUACACGCUGAAGGUCGCCGACGCUUGGUCGCCUUUUGCGGGCAAGGUCAUGAAGGCCGCGGUUCAGCGGGUAACCUUCCAGGACCAGGUCGUCUGCCUCGAUGGCUCCAUGCUCGCGGUUCCGCCCAGGGGCAACGACAUGUCCACGCACGGGGCAGCGCCUCCGACGGUUGCCAUGACGUCGCCGGCAGUCCGACCCAUCCACCACCCCAUGUCGCCGGUGGUGGAUGAGCGUCGCCAGAGCCUGGCCGGCGUUCGGUCGGUGUCUGGCAGGUCGAAGGCCGCUGAGAGCGCCGCAGCGGCCCUUGCCGCCGCGGCUCGGGUGCCUGUCGUGGAGGAUGUCACUCUUCCGUUGACCACGCAGCCAACCAUCUCACCGCUGCAGGAGAUGCUUUCUGCGCCGUCCUCCUUCAAGAAGUCUCACGUGCUGUCCGUCACGCAGUACACGCGUGCGGACCUGCACCUGCUCUUCAACAUUGCGCAGGAGAUGCGCCUCGGCGUCCAGAGGGAGGGUGUCCUCGACAUCCUCAAGGGCCGCGUGCUGUGCACCCUGUUCUACGAGCCGUCGACCAGGACUUCGGCCUCGUUUGAUGCGGCCAUGCAGCGCCUAGGCGGCAGGACCAUCGCCGUCACGACAUCGACCUCGUCCGUCCAGAAGGGCGAGACGCUCCAGGACACGCUGCGGACGCUCGCCUGCUACGGCGACGCGGUGGUGCUCCGCCACCCGGACGAGAAGUGCGUCGACAUCGCCAAGAAGUACAGCCCCGUCCCCGUCAUCAACGGCGGCAACGGCAGCAAGGAGCACCCGACGCAGGCCUUCCUCGACCUCUUCACGAUCCGCGAGGAGCUCGGAACGAUGCAGGGCCUGACCAUCACCUUCGUGGGCGACCUGCUGUACGGGCGGCCGGUGCACUCGCUCGUGGCGCUGCUGCGUCACUACCAGGUCAAGGUGCAGCUGGUGGCGCCGCAGGCGCUCGCGCUUCCCGCCUCGGUGCGCCAGCAGCUCGUCGACGCCGGCCAGCUCAUCGGCGAGUCGGAGACGCUGACGCCCGCCAUCCUCGGCCGCACCGACGUGCUGUACUGCACGCGCAUCCAGCGCGAGCGCUUCCCCUCCCUCGCCGCCUACGAGGCCGUCAAGCACGCGUACCGCGUCGACUACGGCACCCUCAAGCACGCCAAGAGCUCCAUGAUCGUGCUGCACCCGCUGCCGCGCAACGAGGAGGUCGCCGAGGAGGUCGAUUUUGACCAGCGCGCCGCCUAUUUCAGACAGAUGAGAUAUGGUCUCUACUGUCGCAUGGCUCUGCUUGCGCUGGUCAUGUCGUGAGAUAUUCAGUUUUGCAAACCGUUCUUGUGCUUGCCGAUUUUCCCAUGCUGUUGUCUGAUCUUUUUCUCAUAUAUACGGAACGGAAAAUAUGUGUGGCAUGGGUCAUCACCGAUGCUCGCUUUUUAGCUAGACUAAAGGAUUUGUAUCUGUCGUACUAGACCGUAACGGCUCGCGCCGCUG